GAACAUUGCUUUAUGUAGUCUGAGAUAAACUGCCUGAAAAGACGAGGUAGCCACGGCUAGAAUGCCUUUCAACAUAGGCCUUCUGUAAUGAUGGGAUAAACAACGCCUGGCCUACUUCAUUAACCAAAAAAAACGCAUUUUUAGAUCUGUCAACAUCUUUGGUGAAACGAUCAUGUUAGGUUCGAUAAGAUAAUUCCAGAGCUUAAACACAUUCUCUAAAUAGGUUUUCAUUGAAUCACAAAAAUGAAUGAAUUACAGAGGUAGCUGGCUUUACGCCAAAGAAAAAUCACGUCCCCCCCCCCACCACUUUCUUUAUUUCUUUCAGAAUAGUUAUUAUUAUUUUUAUUAGAAGUUUGUUGGUGGGCAGGAUUGUUAUUACCGCCUUGUUAAGUCACACCCCAAACGGUAGGUUAACUGACCAAAAGGAACAUGAAUAUUAAACAGGUCAUGUGAUCGAGUCUGUUGCUGACAGAAUUCAUCUGCCUUAGAAGUGUUAUUAAAUCUACCGACAGCUGCUAGGCAGCAACAAGCGGUUUUCUCGCUUCGCUGUAUAUUCUAAGCUGCUGUAAAACAUCAAUAUGAAGCUUGAAUAUUUCCAUGAUAAAAAACUUAUUCCACUUUCUGACAAAAACAAAUUAACCAAAUGUAACCAAAUCACUACUCGGGUAAUCUUUGUCUUCAUCCUCUUUGCUGGAUUAUCACAAAUUGGUCUUGGAAUAGGGCUCUUACUCUCAUGCCGCAGCAAUCUAGAAAAUAUAUCCUGUGCCUUCUCUUUAAAGGCACAUCCAUGCACCGGAUUAGUGAUACCAACCUACCUUGGUUGCUUGGUUAUUUGUAUUGCAUUAUUUGGAUUUGGAUUUCUUGGACGCCGAGCUACUGCUAUCUUACUAGCUAUUGCUAUGACUGCAGAAAUCUACUUUGGUUUAAUGUCAAUCUAUGCUGAACCAAUUUUAUUUACUGACUAUUUUCGAGUUUUUAAUUCAGUUCAAAUAUGUCCCCAGAAUUCCUCCAGCCCAGAUAAUCUUAUAAAAUGCUGGAAUGGGAUCACACAAUUAUAUCCAUAUUGUUUUCUCUACAGAAAUUUAAUAAGGACAGACUGUAUGCAAGGAUAUGAUCUUUAUUUCUCACAAUUUAAUGAAACUUUAUCAUCAACAAACAUUGAACCAUGUGUCACUGAUAUUAGCAUGGCUGUGAGUUCCAUUUAUACAGGUUAUCGAUAUUUUGCAGGUCCUCUUAUGUUGCUAAAUGCCACAAUCUGUCUUUUACUAGUUCCAGGUUUAGAUUUCUUAUACCAACAAAAUAUAGAACUGAAUGAAUCUCAUGUGGUUUCAGGACCAAAAGAACUUCAAAGACAAAAUAUUUCUUCAUCUGUAUGAUCCAAUGGACCCUCUUUUCUACAUUUGUAAAUUAUCAUUUGAAUAUGGAAAGAAAAUUCACAUUUCACAAUAAAAAUGGUCUCAUCUAGCAGAUAAAAUUAAACAGAGAAGUACUGGAAAUACAUCUCAUUAAAAUAUUUAGUACUCUCUUCUAAAUAUCUUUGUUCCCAGCUGUUAUGAAAAGACUCUCUCUCUUUUGGAAUUGGAGCCAAUAUAAGAGUGAUCUUAUAUUAUACAAACAUUAAGAAAAUAUAUCAGUUUUCAGAUGACAUCAGCAUAUUAAUAGCUGAAGCUAAAAACAAACUGGUCUGAUAUAGAGAACAUAUUAUUUAUUUCACAUCAUGCAUGCUCUGGAUUUACACAAACUAUGAUUAACUUUAAAUCAGAAUGUGCAAGAGUCAAGUGACUUCAGAUCUAUGCCAAAUUUAUAUAACCUAUAAUAGCUAAGAGAAAAUGGCUUAUUUGUUGAAAUUAAAUUCUUGAAAAGAAAGAAUCUACUUUAUUGGUCUCUAGUACUAAUUAAUGAAGUACUGAUGUUGAAGUAAUCAUUGAUUCAUUAUGUGUCACAUGUCAUAUAUAAUAAGUUGUUGCAGUUCAGAAUAUGUACAUAUAAACUAUAUACAUAUUUAAAGUUGUCAGCUACUACUUCCAUUGUAUGUAGUAGCAUUGGCUUUGCUUCAAACUGGUCUGGUUUUGUGGAUUAUUUGAUACAUUUUAGGAAGAUUCCUUCUGAGGUAUCAAUGUCACUAUUACUGAUAAUCAAAACUGGAUAACUUAUUGUCAAAUGAAUAUUCUUUCACAAACCCACCAUUAUCUAAUUGGACUUUAACACUGAUUUAUUAAAAUAUUAUUUCAUUUAUAUUUCAAAUGUUCUGAAAUUGAAAUUAUUAUUGCUCUCUCUUUCCCUCUCUCUCUCUGCCAGUGGUAAAGUGACAGAAUCAUUAAAGCAUUAGACAAAAUGCUUUGCGGUAUUAGUGCAAGCACUUAGUAUUCUGAGUUCAAAUCUGACUGAGGUCAACUUUGCCUUUCAUCUGGGGUUGAUAAAAUAAAGUACCAACCAGGCACUGAAAUUGAUCCAUUGAUAUACCCCAAAGUUUCAGGCCUUUUAUCUGUGUUAGAAACAGCUAUAAAGACAAAAGAAUGAAUAAAAAUAGUAGGAAUUACUAAUAUAAUGGAAGGGAAGAUAGACUGAUGGUAGAAACAGAUAUUUAGCUCUUCCUCCUCCUCUUCCUAUAUGCACCAUCAACUGGAUGAUCAAUUCUUGAUCACUUUUUUAAAUAAACUCUUGCUAUUGUGAUCAGUUUUGGAUAGUUCUUUGCUGUUGGUGUAAAGAUUGGUUGCUUUUCUACUGUCUAAUAUCAUUUAUCAAGCUGGUCUUACAUUUCUGAGUUCAAAAUAGAUAAUGCCUUUCACUCUUCUUGAGGGUUGAUAACAUUUUGGAGUUGAUUUUUGUGGAGGCGCAAUGGCCCAGUGGUUAGGGCAGCGGACUUGCGGUCAUAGGAUCACGGUUUCGAUUCCCAAACCGGGCGUUGUGAGUGUUUAUUGAGCGAAAACACCUAAAGCUCCACGAGGCUCCGGCAGGGGAUGGUGGCGAACCCUGCUGUACUCUUUCACCACAACUUUCUCUCACUCUUAUUUCCUGUUUCUGUUGUGCCUGUAAUUCAAAGGGUUGGCCUUGUCACACUGUGUCACGCUGAAUAUCCCCGAGAACUACGUUAAGGGUACACGUGUCUGUGGAGUGCUCAGCCACUUGCACGUUAAUUUCACGAGCAGGCUGUUCCGUUGAUCGGAUCAACUGGAACCCCUGACGUCGUAAGCGACACAGUGCCAACAACAGCGGAGUUGAUUUAAUUAACUGCAUUCUUUACCCUUUAUAAAUAAGCUGUGUCUUAAGAAAGAAAACAUUAAUUCAAAUGGUAUUCCUAAAACUUUUGUUUUAAGCCAUGAUUCAACAAAGAAAAGGUUUAGCUUAAGCAUUUGCCAUUAGCAAUAAAUAACAUAUAUAUUAUUUUUGUUUGUAACUUACUUUGAUACCAUCAAACCUUGUUAUUUACACCUGAAAUGCCUUAACACUUCAACAUUGCAAUAUGAAAUAUUUCAUUUUCUACUUGGUAUUUUGUGUAUAACCAAACUGAUAAGAAGGCAACUUAUUUUGUAAGUAUAUUGAUGAUGCAAUGACUGCGUUGGUGAGAAAGCAAAGAAAAUAAUAAUUUACUUGUACUGAGAAGGACUGUGUAAAAUCUGUCAGAAAAGUCAUAACAUUUUUAAAACUGAUCCAUCCAUCCAUCCAUCCAUCCAUCCAUCCAUCCAUCCAUUCCUUCCUUCCUUCCUUCCUUCCUUCCUUCCUUCCUUCAAUCAAUCCAUCCAAAGAAUUUGAGGGAAUUUCUGUGUGGUCACUUUAAUCUACUAGGAAUAGCAGCCAAAUCUCUAUCAAGUAUAAUUUCACCAUCUUAAACAAGGAUGGAUACAUUAAAUAAUGUAGUUCUAGAUAAAAUAUACCAGAAAUAAAGAUGGGAUGGUCACGGCUGCAAUGUUUUUUUAUAAUAAGUUUGCUCAAUUAAGGUUGAGCUGGGUUAAACAACAACUCCACCAACAAUUGCAUUUAUCUCAACAUGUCAUUUUGAGUAAACUAUGACAUUAACAGAUCAUAUCUAUUGUUACAUUUUUCUAAUUGAUGAUUUUUUAAUCAAAAUGUUUUGUAAUAAAAUAUGUUGAAAAACA